AUGCCGAUCGGUAUUGAAUGGACCAUCAGCCUUCUUUGGGUUGCGAACGGGACUCGUUUUCACAUGGGUUGGCCAGAGUUCGUUCGGGAUAAUCUUUUCAAACAUGAGGUCUUCCUGACCGUUACUUUAGUUGAUGUUGGAAUUUUCAACGUGAAGAGAUACGACUUCCGCACUGGCUUACCACCCCGCUGGGACGGCGAAGAUAUAGCGAACGGCGACACCGACGACAGCCCGACUGCACCAGACGUUGAUAGCUCUGAUGAUUAUCAACCAUCGGAGACUGAAACGGAUUCCUUCGACAAUAGUGAGUAUGAGGAUGAUCAGGGAUUAUAUGGCAACUUCUAG